AAACAAAAGAGUGAGAGAAAACCCAAAAUCAAAACUAAAAUCCAUAUCUAAGUCGAUAUCAAUAAACAAGAGGAAAAACCAAGCCAAAUGGCAAAGCCUCCAUUAAGGGGCGGCAUGGGGCAGCUGCUGCUAAUAAUUCUGUUCUUCCAUCUGGGAUCAACGAUGACCACCACAGCUCCGGCUCCGGCAGCAACAUCGUCGCCAUCUCUGAUGAAUCGUAAUCAGCAACGUUUGCAACAAUUGCAAGCAGCUCAAUUGGAGGCAGAUGGGCAAAAUAAUCAUCAUCAUCAUCAGUCGCAGCCUCAUCAUCAUCUCAGACAUGAGCAACACUUGCGUGCCGAACUGGAAGAGGCAACUGGUAGGCUGGGCAAUCGACAGCCGCCAACGAAGCCAGCAAUGGAGAAUUGGCCACAACUUCAAGGUCAACAGCAGCAUCAUUUGCGUCAUCACAAUCGUCAUCACCUGAACUGGCAGCAAAGGGUAUUGCCCUCUCUGCAUCUAGAAAGAACCACAGAUGGACCCCUUUUACCGUCGACCCCUCAUCCGUUGCUGAAUCAUAGUAGAUAUUUCGAUCGAGAGGGUAUCUAUCCAUCUUGGGCUGAGCCGCGAUCGACUCGAGCCCCUAAUUGGCGACAGGAAUUGGACUCAAGCGAUGACGACGAUGAUGAUGAUGAUGAUGAUGAUAGUGACUCAUCGGAGGAUUAUGAUGAAGAUGAAGACGAUGCAGAAUUAAUCAAUAUGCCACGCUAUUCCCUCUUCAAUCAGAAGCUCCUAAAUCAAGAUCAUCCAGCCAAGACCAUCCAUGAUGAUGACGAUGAUGACUACGAUGCCUAUGAUCAAAUUGAUGAGGUGACUCCGUCUCUAAGCCACAACAAGCAUCCCAGUGUGGCUAAUCAUCAGGAUAAAACGUCUUCGAAGCGUUACAUCUUCGAUUGGCUCUUCAAGAGAGAUAAGCCAAAGGAAAAGGAAAGGGAGAAGCAAAAGGAGCUAGAAAAGGAAAGGGAGAAACAAAAACAAUUGGAGAAGGAGAAAGAAAAGGAAAAGCAUAGGCCAAUGACCACUGAGAAACCCCAUUUGGAGCUCAUCGAUGCCAAUUUGGAAAAGGAUGACAGUUUGCUGGAUGCCUCCGAAAUUGAAGAUUCCGAUUCAGUGGAAAGUUUCUCAUCAGAGAAAUGGAAUAAAAUAGAGCAUGAUCAUCAUUUGAAGCAACAGAAGCAUCAAAAGGAACUCAAAGCUCUCCGAGAUAGCAACAGGAAUACCCCAUUAAUAAGAUCUCGUUUGAGUGAUGAUGAUAAUAAUGAGGUAAGAGACGCCAGUCCAAAGACAUUAGAAGAAGACAACUCAAAUGGUCGUCAUGUAAGUGGAAGUGCUUACCACUUGGUGGAUGCUAAAAACAUUUACAUAAGCAACGACGAUCCAGGUAGAUUAACUGAAAAGAAAAACAAAGAGCUGGGCACACUGGAGGAUGUGAUAGAGGCACAACGUCAACAUGCUAGAAAACAGAGAACGGAAAGCGCUUUGGCCAGCAAACAUUUCAAUCAAGUAAUGAAGGAGGCCAGUUGCCGGAUACCCCAACGACGCUGUAAGCGACUUGACCAUGAUUCGUCGAAAAACUAUUCCCCACACUGCGCCAUAUUACAUAGAUGCAGCGAGGACAGCGGCUGCUGUCAUUCACCUUCCCAGAUUUGUGCUCCAAAAUCUACUCGAAAUGUGGAAUUAUACUUUUACGUCAGCAGCAAUAGGCAACCGAAAGCCGUGGUCGAGAAGCGUACAUUUGCCAAUCACACCGAAUGCCAUUGCAUUGAACGUGCCCGAUACGAGGAGAACGAACAGAUGUUGACCAAGGAACAUGCCACCAUUUUAAAUUGCAAUUGCCCUGCCCAUUUCGAGAAGAUCCUGCAGGACGAUGGACAAUGCCGCUGUGAUUGCAGUUCGGGCAAUGCUGUUUGCAAUUCCUUCAAAGAAGGCAUUGAACACUUUGCCAUGAAGGAUCGCAAGUGCAUAGUUUAUGGAUUAUGUAAGCCGCCAACUUGUGCAUUUGGCAACUAUCUAUUGAAGCACGGCCAAUGUCCCAAGCAGCCCAGCUACAAUGUCAUGUCCUAAGGUGUGACGUCCUUUACAUACAUACAAGUAAACACACACACACACAAAUAAAAACCGGAUAUAGUAUUAGUCUCCUGAUUAUUCAACCAACCAAGGCAGACGAACAAUUCGAACGAAUAAAAGCAAAAAUAUGAUGAAAAGUGAAUUUAGUUGCAUAUCUCCUAUACAAAAAAAAAAGAAAGCGAAAAACAAAAAAA